AUGGCCCCCAAGCAAGUGAAAUCUUUCCCAUCAGUGCCAUUGAAGGAUGAGUUGGAUAUUGUGAUCCCAACAAUUAGGAGUUUGGAUUUUCUGGAGGUGUGGAGGCCAUUUUUUGAGCCAUACCAUUUGAUCAUAGUUCAAGAUGGUGAUCCUACUAAGGUUAUUAAAGUCCCAGAUGGCUUUGACUAUGACCUCUACAAUCGGAACGAUAUCAAUAGAAUUUUGGGUCCAAAAGCCAGUUGCAUCUCCUUUAAGGAUGGGGGCUGCAGGUGCUUUGGUUUCUUGGUCUCCAAGAAGAAGUACAUUUACACUGUUGAUGAUGAUUGUUUUGUGGCCAAGGAUCCAAAUGGGAAAGAUAUAAACACAGUGGAACAACACCUACUGAAUCUGAAGACACCUUCAACACCCUUCUUCUUCAAUACUCUCUACGACCCCUACAGGGAAGGUGCUGACUUUGUCCGUGGCUAUCCCUUUAGCUUAAGGGAAGGUGUGCCUACCGCCGUCUCUCACGGGCUCUGGCUCAAUAUACCUGACUAUGAUGCCCCAACUCAACUUGUUAAACCCCUUGAGAGAAAUACCAGGUAUGUUGACGCUGUUAUGACCAUCCCAAAAGGGGCAUUCUAUCCCAUGUGUGCAAUGAACCUUGCAUUCGAUAGGGAACUCAUCGGCCCUGCUAUGUACUUUGGGCUCAUGGGUGAUGGACAGCCUAUUAGCAGAUAUGACGACAUGUUGGCUGGCUGGUGUUCCAAGUUGAUCUGCGACCAUCUGAAUCUUGGAGUGAAGACAGGGCUACCAUACCUUUGGCACAGCAAAGCAAGCAACCCGUUUGUGAAUUUGAGGAAGGAAUACAAAGGUCUAUUCUGGCAAGAGGAAAUCAUCCCAUUCUUCCAAACUCUGACUCUGCCAAAAGAAUGUGACACUGCAGCAAAAUGCUAUGUUGAACUAGCCAAACUUAUCAAGGAAAAGCUGAACCACAUUGACCCCUAUAUUUUUAGGCUUGCUGAUGCUAUGAUCACCUGGAUUGAUGCUUGGGAAGAUUUCAACCCACCAGCUGAGGCUGUUCCAGCUGUGGCCAAUGCUAAGAAGGAUGCAGUUCCACCCAAGAAAUCUAAGUAG